AUGCAGGGCUCUCUCGAAGCAGAAGCAAAGGAGGACGAGGACACGUACGAGAAGAUGCAGUGCUGGUGCAAAAGCAAUGGCGACGAGAAGGCAAAGAGCAUCGAGGAGGCGCAAGCCCGGAUCAAGGGUCUGGAGGCACGCACCGAAGAGUUGGCAGCCACAAGCUCCCGCCUGACCUCCGAGAUCGCCACCUCCGAGGACGAGGUCGUCAAGAACGAAGGUGCCCUCGACACCGCUGUAACAUUGCGCAAGCAGCAGCUUGCAGAGUUCCACGAUGACGAGAAGGACUUGACGCAGUCUGCCACAUCAGUGGACAGAGCGCUGGAUGCCAUCGGCUCUGACAAGUCCUCCUUCUUGCAGAUGCCCCAGGCACGCCUCAUGAGCGCCCUGUCCCAGCUGCGGGCUGUUGUGUCCAAGCACGCCCGGCUUCUGACGAAGACGCAGCGCGAGAAGGUUGAGCAUUUCUUCAAGAAUCCAUUGCAAGCAAGGUCCGCGUUCCUGCAGAAGGACGCUCCCGACACCACCGGAGGGGUGACUGGAGUUCUGUCUGGGCUCAAGGACAACUUCAAGAAUGAGCUUUCUGAUCUUCAGUCGCAAGAGGAGGAGAACAAGAAGGCAAACCCCAAGCUUCCCUUGCCGUGCGCCCAUGACGGACUGGUGAAGGCGAAGACAGAGGAGAUCGAGGCCGGCAAGAAGCAGCUGGAGGCGAGCCGGCAGAAGAAGACGUCGCCCCUAGCUCCUGAGGCGAAGAAGGAGCAGAAGGCGACUGCGGACCUGGAGCAUGCCCAGGCCAAGCAGGACAUCAAAGACACGACGGCUGCCUUGGAGGCAGAUGGCUCGGUGAGCACCGUUGUCAAGGAGAAGUGUGCAGCCAUGGACGCAGACUACGAGAAGCGAAGCAAGCUGCGGACCGAAGAGCAGACUGCAGUCGCCAAAGCAAUCGAAGCGCUGAGCUCCGAUGAGGCACACGACACGUUCGGCAAGACAUUUUCAUUUCUGCAGGUUCGAAGUGACAACGAGCGAGCCGCCAAGUUCCUGGCAGAGGCUCGCUUGGCCACGUUGGCGCUUACGAUGCACGCUGCCCCAGUGACAGGGGAGGUGAGGAAGCUGGACACCUUCGAGAAGGUCAAAAAGGCGAUCGAGGAAAUGAAGGCUGACCUGAAGAAGGAGCAGGUCGCAGAACAGAAGAAGAAGGCUCGGACAUGCUCCAGCUCGACAACGCCAUGCGCGUGUUUUUUCGGGAAAGCACGUCUACUAGAAUUUAGAGGACUGGUGCACAUCGGAGUUUCAGAAGAAGAAGAAGCUGGAAACACAGGCCUUGCGACGCUCGCACCAAGCCUGGAAUCAGUGCAGCUUCCUUUCUUCGGAGGAGAAGACCCAGGAAGAGCAGACCAAGAUUGCUGA